GCUUCCACAUGGGACAGCGCCUGCCGCCCACCACCCUUUCCCACUAAAAUUUCAAAACCCCUUUGCAAAGUGAAAUUUGAAACCCCACACCACGCGUACUCGGCAUUUCCUUGUAAUCCAAUCAAUAAUUAACAGAUAAAAUAAUAAAUAAUAAAAUUCAGGAAAGUAAAAAAUACGUGUCUUAUUGAGCUUCACUAAGCACAAAGACGAUUACCAUUUAUUUCUGGAUACGCCACCUCACUUCUUUGUCUUUCCUUUUGAAUUAUUAUUAUUAUUAUUUUUAUUAUUAUACCUUUUUCCUUCCGUAUUCCACAACAGAUUAACAGAUCGGAAGGAUUGGGAGGCGGGGGUAGGGGGAGGGUGAAUAUGGCGACGGCGUCGUUUAACAAGAUCGAGAGGGCCCACCAGAUGUACAGACAAGGGAGGUACGAGGAAGCGCUUGGUUACUACACGGAGGCGCUGGCUGUUGCCAAAACCAAGCCUCAGAAGAUCGCUUUGCACAGUAACAGAGCUGCUUGUUACUUGAAAUUACAUCAUUUCAAAAAGGCAGCAGAAGAAUGUACCUCAGUGCUUGAGCUUGACCACAAGCACACUGGAGCUUUGAUGUUGCGAGCUCAAACCCUAGUCACUCUAAAGGAGUACAAUUCAGCCCUCUUCGAUGUCAACCAGCUCAUAGAGUUGAAUCCCUCUUCAGAAGUUUAUCAUAACCUUCAAGCUCGUUUGAGGACGCAAGUGGCACUUGCUCCAAUACCUGAAUCUGAAGCAGAGUUGGAAGAAGAGGAAGAAGAGGAAGAAGAACAUGGGCAACCCUUCACAAUGGAGAAUGAAGAGGAACAAGAUGACAAAAAGGAAGAUAUAGUAGUGCCAGCUUUUAGGAAAGAUCCAAAUGCUAAGCUUAAUGAGAAUCUGGUUAAAGUAGAAAUCAUUGCCCCUGAGAAACCUGACCUCAAAGAAUCUCCUGAGCAGGAAACAGAUUAUAAGAAUGUGCCCAAAAGAAAUCCUGGAGUUACUGCUCCUCAAGCACCAAAUGGCAAGGAUUCCCAAGGGUGGCAGGCGAUCCCUAAACACGAGGGACAGUUAGAUGAGAAGAAUGUGCCUCAAAGAACUGAAGCUGCUGCUCCUCUAGAACAGGGCGUCAAAGAUUCCAAAGGAUGGCAGGCAAUCCCUAAACCCAAGGGACAGUUAGAUGACAAGAAUGUGCCUCAAAGAACUGAAGCUGCUGCUCCUCUAGAACAGGGCGUCAAAGAUUCCAAGGGAUGGCAGGCAAUCCCUAAACCAAAGGGACACUCAGCUCUGGACUAUGCACGGUGGGAUAGAGUUGAAGAUGACUCUAGUGAAGAUGAUGAUGAUGAUGACGACGAUGAUGAGUCCCAGCCUCAAUAUCGUUUUCGUGUAAGAACUGUUGGCAUGCGACCAGUGAAAUGAAAUGGGAUGAAGUCCAAAAUACAAUGAAUGUUAUUAAUGUUUCUGAUUCUGACAUCUCCACAAACAGUCUCCUAUGUUGAGGGAAGUGUAGUUUGAGAAGCUGUGGUUGAUCUGUCAUGUUUAAAUAUCCAAAGCCAGGGGAAUGAUAUUUUUUUUCAGUUGCCCUGUUUGAGUUUCUCCCUAUUGCACUGCCACUCGAAAAUUUCAGGCUGCCACCAAUAUUUUGAAAAAGGCUGCAUAUUAACAGAUGAUCCUCAUUGAUUUUGGAGUCAGGUAAUCAUCUUUUCUGGUGAUGUAAUUAUUUGCCUGCCUCUUGAAGGAGACAUCAAAGCCUGACUCUCCUCUGACUGCUUAAAAUGCAUCAAGGGAGAUGAGAACUUUGAAUCUGUCAGCUUGUUUGCAUUGGAGGAACAAAUUUAUACAUCAAUAGUUUUCUUAAUUUGUGGUAAUUAUCUGGAAAUUAAUACAAAAUCUGUAUUUUUAUUUAUUAUGUAUACAUAUAUGUAUAUUUAUGACAUGAUAUAUAUUUGAUUAUGUUGUUCCGGUCAAGUGAAUAAUGACUUACCAGGCUGUAAUUGUUGUUGAUUCUUGAAUAAAGUCAUUUGAUUCUGGGG